CAAUCUAUCCCAUGUGUUGACCGUAGUGACAAAAAUUCUUUAUCUACCGAUAAGAACAGAACGGGAUUUGUACAAUAUUUACAAUGUUGAAAUUAGCUUUCAUUCUGGCAACAUUGACAAUACCAUUAGAAGGGAUUUUAUUGCAAAAUGAAGGAUGUGACCAGUGUGUGGCAUCGCUCCAACACCAAGUCCAUCUCCUACAACAGCGGCUGAAUGCUCUGGAAAUGGUUAGCAACCAGCCACCGAUAGCAUUCAACGCAGAGUUAUCAGCGGACCUUGUGAAUCCAACACCGGGUUCAAACAUCGUAUUUGACAUGGCGCGAUUCAAUUCAGGGAAUGCCUAUAAUGACAAGACAGGCAUAUUUAUUUGCCCAGUUCCCGGAAUUUACUAUUUUUCUUUGGAACUUUCCUCUAAUGGUCAUCCCCAAAGCAGUCAUUCUCUGCACUCAAAAAUUUUGAGGAAUGGUUCUCCAAUUUCCAUAACCAUUCUUGACAGCGAGAGUCAUCUUUCCUGGCUACGAAGGACUUCUUCUGUGACGACAGAAUUGGCUCAAGGUGACGUAAUUUCCGUGUUGAUCAACUAUGUUGUUGGAGAUAUUUCAAUCAGUGGCGGUGCUGCUCUAUCCACUUUCUCGGGUUUUCUUGUGCAAAGAAUACAAUAAAAGAAAUAUUUAUCCCA